AUGGGAAGAGCUCCAUGCUGCGAAAAGAUGGGAUUGAACAGAGGCCCAUGGACGCCUGAAGAAGAUCAAAUUUUGGUCUCUUUUAUCCACCAACAUGGCCAUAGUAACUGGCGAGCCCUCCCUAAGCAAGCUGGUCUUUUGAGAUGUGGAAAAAGCUGUAGACUUAGGUGGAUGAACUAUUUAAAACCUGAUAUUAAAAGAGGCAAUUUCACCCAAGCAGAGGAGGAUGCUAUCAUUAGUUUGCACCAAAUCCUUGGCAAUAGAUGGUCAGCAAUCGCAGCAAAAUUGCCUGGAAGAACGGAUAAUGAGAUCAAGAACGUAUGGCACACUCACUUGAAGAAAAGGCUGGAAGAUAAUCAACCAGCUAAACCUAAGACCAGCAACAAGAAAAAGAGUACUAAACCCAAAUCUCAGUCCGUACCAGCAAAAUCAAAGAGUACUAAAACCGAAUCGGAGCUCGCAAGCUCAUCGAACCCUUCUUUUGAAAGUUUGUUCUCAGCAUCACCUUCGGCGAGUGAUGAAGUUUCUUCAGAAACACUCACGAGCCACGAAGAUCAUAGCAAAGAGGCUCAGAUGGAUAAUAAAUUGAGAGAAAUGAUCACUACUACAGAUCAAGAUUCUUUCUCUUUCAUAAACUUCGGAGAAGACAUCGACGAGAGCUUCUGGAACGAGACGCUUUAUAGCCAAGAUGAAGAAAACCACACGUCGAAUCUUGAUGAGAUGCAGCAAGAGUUUCAGCACUUAGGCUCCGUCGGUAAUGAGAUGAUUUUCGAUAGUGAGAUGGACUUUUGGUUCGAUGUAUUGCCCAGAAGUGGAGGGGAACAAGAUCUACUAGCUGGGCUCUAG